AUGAAUGAUUGGCUUAUAAUUGUGAUUGGUCUGGCAAUUGCUGUGCUACUAAUUUACCUUAAAUAAUAGUAUAUAACAAAGCCUAAGAAUGAAAGAUCUUAUGUAAGACACCCCUAUAAUACAAAAGAUUAAAAAACCUCAUAAUAGUUGUCUACUUCAUAACCUAUACCUCAGAAAAUUGAGAAUAAUAAAGUAUAGGAUUAAAAACAAACAUUGGAUCGACAAUCACCCUAAAAAGUAAGUCAACUUUCGGUUGAACAAAAUAAUAAAGUGAAAUCUCGAGUGUUAUCAUUAGACUUAAAAUAAAAUUAAUCGACAAUAGGUUAGAAGGACUCAUCAGGAUUUAAAGUCAAAUUUAAAGAUGAUUACUAAGAGUCACGAAUAUAGCACCGUGUUCACAGAGCAGAGUGGAUAAAUAUUGAAAAUUAGCCUUCAUAAUAUUCAUCAGAUGAAUUUUUAAUGAGCAACUUUAGGCCUUCCUAUUCCUAAGAAAGACAAAGACCUGAUUAAGCAGCAGCUCCCAUUCGAAAUUAGAAUCAAUCAUAAAUAACUAAUAAUGGUGUCAUUGUUUAAUAGAAAAUAUUCAAUUUAUACAAUAUUUCAUGCAGAAUAAGAAAUUCUGAUGCCAAAUUUUUGGGUUCUGCAAUCUUAUCUAAGAACUAUAAUGACCUGUUUAUAGAUAAGGAUACAAAAUCUUAACUUAAUUUAUUUUUAAAAGGCUACAGAUAAGUUAGAGGGGAUGGUAAUUGCUAUUUUACAUCAAUUGCAUUUUAAUAUUUUGAAAUAUUGCUUUAGAAGUUUAGUCAAUAGGAAUUUGAAGAAUUCAUGGCACAAAUUCGAAAUAUGCCAUUUUAGAUCUAAUAUGGGGAUUAUUUUAUAGAGGAUUUUUAUUAGAGUAUGUGUGCAGAGAGAUUGGUUUAGUUAUUACAAGGCCUUAGAAAUAGGCCUUAGGAUUUAGAAUAUAUGAUGGCAGAUCCAAAUCAAGAGUUUUAUGGGCUUGCUAUUAUAUUUUUUAGGAAUUUGGCUUAAUUCCUCUAUAUUUAAUAUAAUAGUCAGAUAAUAAAUGAGUACAAGCCAGAUUUGAGUAAUGAAUUGCUGACAUGGGAAUUCUAAUGCAAUGAUUCAGAGAUGAUCAAUUCGUCAUUGGCAAAAAUAAUUAAUGUGUAUUUGAUUGAUUAAAGAAAGAGUGAAGUAACAUAAUUGAAUUAUGGUCAAUCAAAGAAAUACUAAAUUCAUUUAAUAUAUAUUCCAGGCCAUUAUGAUAUCGGAAUACCUGUUUGA